AUGUCCAUCCUGCGCCCGUUUGACGCGACAGACGUGCUCCGCUUCCACAGCGUCAACGCCGACCCGUGGACGGCCACAUACCACAACGGAUACUAUGCGAGCUACCUCGCCCAGUGGCCAGACUGGUGCAUUGCCGCGCAGCCCGCGUUUGGCGACAGCGUCGGCGCGUACAUGAUCGCCAAGCACGAACCCCCAGCCCCGGACCCGCAGCACCACGGCCACCUGACCGCGCUGUCCAUCUCGCCGGCGAUGCGCGGCCUCGGCCUCGCGCGCGUGUUUAUGGCCAUGCUGGAACGCCUGUCGUCGGACGGGUCUGCAGGCUGGCCUGCGCCAUCACCAUUAUCACCACCACCGCCAGCAGCAGCAGCAGCAGAGGGCGCACCGGCAGAAGGGGCAAAUGGUAACAGCACACCAGACGCAGACGAGCCACCACAAGCGCCAGACGGGACCGACUGCGUCGACGCCUUCUUCGUCGACCUGUUCGUGCGGUGUAACAACCACCGCGCGACGGAGAUGUACGAGAAGCUGGGAUACAGCGUGUUCAGGCGUGUCGUCGACUACUACACCGGCAUGGAGGGCGUCGGCAGCUCGCGCGACGAGCUGGACGGCUUUGACAUGCGUAAAUCCAUGCCCAAGGAUACGGCGGGCCGCUACGUGCGUGCCAACGGGCGCGAUAUCCUCGUGUCGCCCGACCAGGUCUGGGCCUAG